AUGCCUUCUCUAUUCUCCUCUCCCGCCGUGAUAUUUUCACUCGCGGCCCUGCUGCGAGUCGGUCUUUUAUUCUACGGCCUGUACCAGGACAACAACUCUCCCAUGAAAUACACCGAUAUCGACUACUUGGUCUUCACCGAUGCAUCCCGCUUCAUGUCUCAGGGCCAAUCGCCAUAUCUGCGCGACACAUACCGCUACACGCCGCUACUUGCCUGGCUCUUACUCCCCACAACCUGGCAGCCCGCCUGGCUCUGGUUCUCGUUCGGCAAAGUCCUCUUCGCUGUCGCCGAUCUCGUGGCUGGCUGGCUUCUGCUCCUCGUCCUGCGCACAGAAUACCCUUCCAUGACCGAACCCUCCCGCCUCAGGUAUGCCAGCAUCUGGCUCCUCAACCCCAUGGUCGCUACCAUCAGCACGCGCGGCAGCUCCGAGGGCCUGCUCGGCGUUCUCGUCAUUGCGCUGCUAUGGGCGGUACUGAAUCGCCGCAUCGUUCUCGCGGGCUUGUUACUUGGGUUUGGCGUGCAUUUCAAAAUCUACCCAUUCAUCUACGCCCCUAGCGUGAUCUGGUCCUUAUCCCCAUCUCCCUCCCAACACAAAUCCAAUUCCAAACCCAAAUCCCUCUUCACCAUCCUCACAACCUUCCUCACCCCAGCCCGAAUCACCCUCACAGCCGUCUCCCUCCUGACCUUCAUCGCGCUAAAUCUGUGGAUGUACGCUGUAUACGGCUACCCAUUCCUGCAACACACCUAUCUCCACCAUCUAACCCGCAUCGACCACCGCCACAACUUCUCGCCGUACAACACCCUCCUCUACCUCUCCUCUGCUGCUGAAUCGCAGCAGGAUGGAUUGCAUCUUGAAUCCCUAGCCUUCAUCCCGCAACUCGUCCUCUCAACUCUCGCCAUCCCACUAAUCCUAGCCAAACGGUCCCUACCAGGCGCCAUGCUCGCGCAGACCUUUGCCUUUGUCGCAUUUAACAAAGUCUGCACAAGCCAAUACUUCCUCUGGUACCUCGUUUUUCUCCCCCUAUAUCUCCCAUCAUCAUCAUUCCUCAAAUCCCCUAUUCUCGGGAUAACCGCGUUGGUAUUGUGGGUUGUUUCGCAGGUCCUCUGGCUCCAUCAGGCCUUCCAGCUUGAGUUCCUCGGUAUAUCGACCUUUGUGCCUGGGCUGUGGGUGGCUACGCUGGUGUUUUAUUUGGUGAAUUGUUGGAUUUUGGGGGUUAUUAUUGCUGAUGUUGGCGGUAAUUCUACCCACACGACGGAGUUAUUGGGGAAGAAGAGGGAGUGA